ACGAAAAUCCACUCAAAGUCCAAAGGUAGACGAUCCAGGAGCGCGUCGUUUUGAGUUACCCACUUUAUUACUUCUAUCCCUAUGGAAACUGGUUUCUGAUUAGUGAUCAGAGCUCUUUCUCUAUAAAACUUCUCGUGGCGUGUGAAAGGGAACGUGUUGUGAGGCGUGCUCUGUGGGGAGCAAAGGGGAUUUUAACUCAACUCGUAUAUUCUCCUGCCGUCUUGUGUAGUAAUCAAAUUGAAAAACCCACUCAGCAUUUCGGAGAGCGAGCGAAUAAGCGGAAGGAAAUCACAGAGGCUGGUUUCUUCGAAUUUUUUGAUUUCAAAGCGGUGAUAGUCCCGAAGGAGAAAGACCAAAAUGUAUCAUCCUUCAAGAGGAGGCGUUCGCGGUGGUCGAGAUCAGUUUAAGUGGGAAGAUGUGAAGGUUGAUAAACAUCGAGAAAACUAUCUUGGUCACAGUAUUAUGGCACCAGUUGGAAGAUGGCAGAAAGGGAAAGACCUACACUGGUAUGCUAGGGGUAAAAWAUCUGAAAAUUCGGAUAUGGAAGCGGCCAAAACAGAGAUACAAAGGAUCAAAGAAGAGGAGGAGCAGGCAAUGCAGGAGGCUCUUGGCUUAGCUCCUAAACGUGCUAAUCGACCCCAAGGCAAUCGAUUGGAUAAACAUGAAUUUUCAGAGCUAGUAAAGAGAGGAUCCACAGCAGAGGACUUGGGUGAGGGCCAUGCUGAGGCAGCAAGGGUUCAAGGUCUUGGCUAUUAUAGAGCACCCCGUCUUUGGGAAGAAUCAAGUUCUCUUCCACCCAUGCCAGAGGUGGUUUCAUCUGAGAUGGUUAAUACAGCCGAGCUCAAUCCACCAGCAAGAAACACCGAAGCUGCAGCAUCUUCUUCAGGGGAUGAGAGGAGUCCGAAGAAAAGGAGGCAUGAAGAGAAGAAAGAGAGAAAACAUGACAGGCAUGGGAAACGGCAUUCACGGCAUUCACAUGAUUCGGAAGACAAGAGGAAACACAAACGAGACAAGGAAAAGAGAAGACAUGAUUGAUCGAUUGGGUCGCAUAUUAUGUUACCCUGUACAUUGUUCUCUGGAUAAGUUUGACAUUGUGUUCUUCAAGGGCCUUAUUACAUUACUCAUAAAAAAGGCCUUAUAUCCUAUAUAUGUGUCGCCAAAGUAUUGUCCCAGUCUUUCUUGUUUUGUUUGCAAGAGGACCAUAUAUGUUGCAAUUUGUGUUUUCCA